CCACACCCCACAGCCAUGAGACGCCACGACUUUUGGUCUUAGUUGCUCCGUGCAUGCAGUUUCCAUACAUGCUUAAAGGAAGCAAUUGAUUGCUUGUAUUGUUCAUUCCUACCGGUAAUCGUACUACUCUAGCUAGAGUACGAGUACUCCAGAUCCACGUGGUGAAAUGGAGGGAGGACAACAGCCAAGGGGCUAAGCCUCCCCUCGCCUCUUGGUACCAGUACCACACUCAUAUUAUGAUAGCUGAACUCAUUGAACAGAGGAAAUAUUCCACGAGGUUUCAGAGUGGGGAGAUUAUCUACGGAAGCCAGAGAGGGCCAGGAGAAAAGAUUCUUUGAGAUCAGCUCUGCACUAACCAUGGAGCCUUUCCUACCGGUACCAGUGCUUGACAGCAACAACAGUGUUCCAGUUCCUGAAAAUACCACAUUAGCAGAUAAUAACACUGCAAACAAUCAGGAAGUGUGUGAUCCAGUGGCUCCUGAUACCAAAAUUGAUGAUGGGGACCUUGUGACUGGAGAAUUGGGUGUUGAAAGAGACAAGACCUUUCCCGAGGCAGGUCUUUCCUUGGAGCGCUCCCCUCAGUCUUCUGAUGGAGCAGAUCUGAUUGAAAAGCUCUUGGCAGAUGAAAUGGAGAAGCUGUCGGUUGAAGAAAACGAGCGUACCACAUUUGACAUCCAUGGGAUGGCCCAGGAAUCUAACGAUCCUGAGAACAUAGAUGAUCUGCUUGAGCAAUUGGAGCAGGAAAUUCGAAAGAUACCAGACCGAAAAGCGUACGAAAAAGCCAAGUAUUUGAAUGAAGAAUAUGUAACGGGUCGGGAGUUUCGGCUCAUGUUUCUUCGCAGCGAAAAGUUUGAUGUCGAGGCGUCGGCACAAAGAAUAGUAACACAUUUGGAGAACAAGAUGGAUAUGUUUGGUGGUGGACCUGCCUUGGCCCGAAAGCUGCGUAUGAGUGAUCUCAAUGAAGAUGAUUUGAAGGCUCUCAAAUCAGGGGCAUGGCAGCUCUUGCCUGGGUGCGAUGCUGCUGGCCGUCUGGUCUUGGCAUUAUCACCUACUUGCAUAGAUGGCUCUCUGGCUGUGGAAUGCCAUCUACGUGCCAUCGUGCUAAUGAUAAUGUCCAUUCUCCAAACUGAGAUGGCACAAAAGAAGGGCGUUGUUAUUGUAAUGAGGUGGUCAGGGCAAUCUCUGCAACAAGUACAACAAAGUAUACUCACCCAAGCACAGCUAAUGAAUAAACUCAGGCCUGGGAUCCCUCGCAAGGUGGUUUGUGUCCACAUUCUGCUCAGCCAAAAGUGUCUACGUCCAUUGGUUGAUGGCAUUCGAUGGUUCCUCCACGAGGAACUGAGGACUCGAAUCCGAGUUCACUAUGGGGACUUUGAACAGCUCAAAUUUGCAUUGCAGACCUUUGGAAUCGCAACGGAUCGUUUCCCAUUCCGUCCAAAAAAUGAACCCAUUGAUCUGGAGCAUCAUCUUCAAUGUAUUCAGAGCUGGAGCAAGCAGGAAGAAAAAGGCGACACAAACAUUGAUAUUUUAGUCCCCCGUCGAUUUGAUGUCCUCUUUGGACGAGGACUUCAUACAAGGAAUCACACCGGCAACCUGAGAGCUGCACAUAUUGCUGACAUGUUUCGAGACAAGUAUGAGGCUGCGGGAAAGUAUGAAAAGACAGCAAUUGCUGAACGUAUUGUCACAAUGAUCCGAGAAUCGCACGGUCGGUUUUUGAAAUGGGAAGAUGAUGCAUGGGAAAGAGUGGACCAAGAAGACGCAAGGAACAAGAUUUCCCACUUGUUUCGGAACACACGCAACGCAGGUUGCCCCAGCAAAAGCAAGGUGUCCCCAUCUGAUGGCUCUGCCAUUGGUAAAGCAACCAGCACAGAGGGAGAUUCGUUGGCUUCAGCUUUGUCUAAGCGGGCGAAAUCAGAUUCAAGGCAACAAUCACCACAGCGAAUUCAGAAACGGCGCCAACGGAAAAGCUAACUCAAUGGGUUGUCAAAAGAUUGAUAGAUUUGGAAGAUAGAUCUAGCUAGCUAGCAUGAUCGGUAGAAUGAAUGCAAAGGCCAAAUGGCGCUUCCUCUGGGGAAAAGGGAGGGGCAGAACAGACUGAUGUUGCAAACUGAUCGUUGGAACGAGGGUAAAGGUUGCAGCAAUGACCUGCUCAUGGGCAUCCAGAAGCAGAAACAGGCCAGUGAUCAGUACUCAAGUGUUAUGAUGGACUUGGAGAAUCUCGACUUAUUGGUUGUCAUCCAGAUCAAAUGCCCACAGGACUGCCGGGCCGCCAUCAUUGUCCUUGCACGUCCACUGGAUCCAGUAGGUGCCCCUUCCACUGGAUUUGAUGCGAUGGACAGAUGUGUUGAUGGCCUUUGAGAGCAAGAAAAGGCACUGUUGACUUUGUCUGCGGCAGAUUUGGAUCCGGGACCCACCAACAGCUGAUGUGUGGUGCAACAACAGGAAUACACUGGUGACUGACGAAAGUAAUUUUUGAAUUGGAGCCCUUUGUGUUAAGAAAACGCGGUUGGGGGGUCCAACCAGACGUACUGUAUCGUGCUGAGCCCGAUCAAUAGUACCACUUUUAAUUUAAAAAAAGACAUCUCUUUCC